AUGCUGCCAUCGAUGAUGCGGGGAUCAUCACAACAGUUCAUGGGGAUCCCCGGACCCCAGAAGAUCCUCAAGACCGUUGGCUCACUCUGGCUUUCGCAAACUUCAAACGAGAAUGCAAACCCCGGAACUUCAUCAUCAUGCCCUGUCUCCGAAAUAAGUUGCCAGGCCAAUUACCACGGUCAAGACACCUGCUGUUUCAAUUACCCCGGCGGUCAAAUGCUACAGACGCAAUUCUGGGAUGUCGACCCUGCACUUGGCCCUGAAGAUGCAUGGACUAUCCAUGGACUAUGGCCCGAUCACUGCAGCGGCGGCUUUGACCAAUUCUGCGACUCCAAACGCAAGUACAGCAACAUAUCUCUGAUUCUAGUGGACGCGGGCCGGGGAGACUUGCUCGAAUACAUGAGCGAGUAUUGGAAGGAUUUCCGUGGUGAUGAUAGCAAUCUGUGGCAACAUGAGUGGAACAAGCACGGCACUUGCGUCAGCACCCUGGAACCAGAUUGCUAUGAGGACUAUCUGCCGCAGCAGGAGGUUGUAGACUACUUCGACAAAACUGUUGAGGUUUAUAAGGAGUUGCCUUCCCAUGAGUUCCUGGCCAAUGCUGGCAUCAUACCAUCUCGGACGCAGACAUAUGCUCUUGCCGAUAUUGAAGCUGCACUAGAGCAAGCCCAUGGAGAUCCUGUCACUGUCCGUUGCCGAGGUGGUGCCAUCAAUGAGAUUUGGUACUAUUUCAAUAUCGCAGGAAGUCUACAAUCUGGGAAAUUCAUCCCUGCAGGCCCAGAUGGCCAGAAGUCCAAUUGCCCCUCUAAGGGAAUCAAGUACCCACUGAAGCAUGAUCGGCACGAGCCUACUCAGACGACAACCAUAGGUCACCCCGAGCCCACGGCGCCAGGCACUCCGUUUGUAGGCCGAGGUAACCUGAUUGUUGAGAGACUUGGCAGAAAGCAUGGCUGUAUCAUCAGCUACGGAACUUGGUUUUCGUCAGGGACCUGUGCGACUUUCCGGGCCGAAAAUAUCUCAGAUGAUAUAUUUACUCUGAAAUCUAGCAAGGGGCCCUGUGCCUUCGAGCGAGACGCCCUUGCUUGCGGACCCCACGUCAACACGCCAAGCGAGUUCACCGCCAAGGAUGGUAAGCUUGCUUACAGUGGUCACGCUACUUUCUAUGCCGAGAAUCCACCCAAAGGGCGUACACAGAGCAAUGUGUAUGCUUCGCAAGGGGGACGGCCUAUUGAGAUCGAGAUCACCUGGGCUUCGAAGUAG